UGACCUUGGCGUCAACACCACAACACCAGGGGAGGCAGGUGGCACUACAGGACCUGGCAGCUGACAUGUACACCUAACCCUGCCUCAACUACCCUCUACAACCAUGGACUCGGACCCGGAGAACCUGGAUAAGCAGUUCAGAUGAAACAAAAACACCGUGAGCCCUAAAAUUGACAACAGCUGCUGCUUCAUUGGCCAAAAUGUGCUGAAUAAUGCAACGGCCAGCCAAUGUACACAACCGCCUGCUACUGCGUCAUGCCAGCCAAAAUUCCCUUGAUGAGAGUUCUCAGAAACACAUUCCACGCUCAGAGACCAAGCACAAGCUGCCCUACAGAAACCCUCAACAUUUCCCUCGAGCAUUUGAUAAUUUGAAUUUGAUGCGAAGACAAAGUCAGCUGUGCGAUGUUGUAUUAGUUGCAGACAGUACAGAAGUUCCAGCCCAUAAGAUGGUGUUGGCUUCAUGCAGUCCAUACUUCCAUGCUAUGUUUACUAGUUUUGAGGAAAGUCGACAAGAGAGAAUAGUAUUACAAGAUAUUGAUGGUAGUGCAUUGCAACUUCUUAUUGAUUAUGUAUACACAGCAGAAGUUUUGGUCACAGAGGAAAAUGUUCAGGUUCUUCUCCCAGCUGCUAAUCUUCUUCAGCUGACAGAUGUUCGAGAUGCUUGUUGUGACUUCCUUCAGUCUCAGCUCCACCCCACAAACUGUCUUGGUAUUCGAGCCUUUGCAGAUCUUCAUGGGUGUCUCGAGUUACUGUCCAUAGCAGAAAGUUACGUUGAACAGCAUUUUACAGAGGUGGUCGAGUGUGAAGAGUUCCUAUCCUUAACUUCUCAACAAGUCAUCAAACUUAUCUCAAGUGAUAGACUCACCACACCAUCUGAAGAAAAGGUAUUUGAAUGUGUGAUGAGCUGGGUGAGUGGUGAUCUGACCAACCGAGAACAGUAUCUAGCAGAACUGAUGGAAUAUGUACGUCUGCCACUACUCUCUCAGGACUAUCUCAUCCAGCGGGUGGAAGAAGAACCCCUUCUGAAACAAGAUACUCAGUGUAAAGAUUACCUAAUAGAAGCUAUGAAGUUUCAUCUGUUAAAAGGUGAACAGAAGGCACUAUUUAAGUCUCCAAGAACCAAACCCCGGCAGCCUGUUGGUCUUCCUAAGGUAAAUUUUAGCGAAGUUCUACUGGUGGUUGGUGGACAGGCUCCUAAGGCAAUUCGCAGUGUAGAGUGUUAUGACUUCAAGGAUGAACGGUGGUUUCCUGUGGCAGAAAUGCCAACAAGACGUUGCAGAUGUGGCAUAGCUGUAAUCAAUGGGAAAGUUUAUGCCGUCGGAGGUUUUAAUGGCUCUUUACGUGUACGUACUGUGGAUGUUUAUGACCCCACUCGAGAUUCUUGGUCUUCCUGUGCCAGUAUGGAAGCACGACGAUCAACACUGGGUGUAGCAACUCUUAACAGCUGUAUAUAUGCCGUGGGUGGAUUUGAUGGUUCUACUGGUCUGAACAGUGCAGAGAUGUACGACUCAAAAGCUUAUGAAUGGCGGAUGAUUGCCCCAAUGUCAACUCGGCGGUCAUCAGUUGGAGUAGGAGUUGUGAGCGGGCUUCUCUAUGCAGUUGGAGGAUAUGAUGGAGCAUCACGGCAGUGUUUGGCAUCAGUAGAAUGUUACAGUCCAGAUUCUGAUGUGUGGUCAUCAGUAUCAGAGAUGUCAGCACGCAGGAGUGGCGCAGGGGUAGGAGUGCUGGAUGGUCUCCUGUAUGCUGUUGGGGGUCAUGAUGGUCCACUGGUGAGGAAGAGUGUAGAAGUUUAUAAUCCUGACACCAACAGAUGGAACCCCGUUGCUGACAUGAACCUUUGUCGUAGGAAUGCAGGUGUGAUUGCCCUCAAUGGGUUGCUCUAUGUAGUUGGCGGAGACGAUGGUACCUCCAACUUAGCAUCAGUGGAGGUCUUCAACCCAAAAACAGACGUGUGGACUCUACUGCCGGCACACAUGGGCAUUGGCAGAUCCUAUGCAGGUGUAGCUAUUAUUGAUAAACCGGGUUUCUGAGACGAGGCAGAGGGUGCAGGGGAGUGACUUCUGUGAUUAUUGAUAUAUACAGUACAGUAUACCCAGUGGACUACACUAGAAUAAUUUGGGUACUCUUAAGUUAGUUCAUGGUAAAUUAAGUUCUAUAUUGCCAUCCACUUAAGGUUUAUUAUUCACAGAAUCGUGGACAGUAUAAAACAUAUCUGAUAUGCUAGCAGCCUUAAGUUAAUGGUUAUAAUUUUUUGCAUCCUAUUAUACAUCAUUGGUGUUACGAGCUGAAGAUGGUUAUUGGUGCCAUUAUUUAUUAUUUCUGAGAGUUAUAAAAUGGUAAUGGUUUAGAAUAGAAAACUAAAUUGUUUAAAGGGAAUACAGUAUAGCUAAAAAAAAUAUUAGUUUUUUUUUUUUACUUUUACAUGAAAAAUGGUA